AUGAAGCAGAACAUUUGUGUGGAGAUGCUACAAAAUGGAAAACCCAGAUCAUUCUCCAAGUUUUUCCAUGUUUUGAGUUUGGACGAGGAGCGAAAGGACGGACAAGAACACAAUCGAGGCCACACUCAGCCAGCACCGCUCCAGGAUCAACCCGAAAAAAUGCACAAAAUGAAGGAGCAUCUGACACAGGCCGAGCAAGCCGAGGUCUCAGGGCGCUGGUCCACGGUGUGUGAGCAGUACCUGUCUCUAGGGCUGUAUUUCUCCAGUGAUUCUGACCUGUGGCUCCGGCUGCACUUCCUCCACAUCUGCUGCGACCGAGAGCACGGCUGCAGCUCUCGAGCCGCCACCGAAGCCCGCGCACAACUCGCCGAGAUCUAUCUUAAACAAGGUGACCUGAGUGUGGCGCUGCAGCAGGCGGAGCGGUGUCUUCGUCAGGCAGAGGAUGGGGCCUGGCAGGACUCCUCUGGGUUCCCCUUAAAGACCAGAGCUCAACAUGCGCUGUGGAGAACCAUCACGCGACAGACAGACGCUCCACUGCAGUCCAAGAACUACGCCAAGGCCAUCGCGCUCCUGCACCAGGCUCUGAACAUCGCCAAAGACUCUGGAAGCAAAUCCAUUGAAGGAGAAGCCACUUACAACCUGGGUGUGUCCUACCAGCUUUCCGGAGACCACACCAUAGCUAAAAAGCACUUUAACAAGUACAUGGAAAUCUGCCAGGAGCUGGAUAAUGCAUCUGGACUAGGAAAGGCCUACAGAGCAAUCGCCAAAUCUUUAGAAAGAGAGAAAAACACAGAGGAGAUGGUGUGGUGUCUGAAGAAACUCACAGAUGGCUCCGUGAACAGUCUGCUCUGUGACCUGGUCGACGCCUGCCUCAGUUUAGGGAACAUCCACUCUGACAUGGGAGAGUAUGCUCAGGCCUGUGAGUAUUUCCAGAGGAGCUAUGAAGGAGCAGUGAAUCUGGGGGACUUCUCUCUGCUCCAGAAGACGCAGGUGCUGUUGGGACGAGCCAAAGCUCUGAACAGACUGUUCAGGUCUGACGUACAAACAGACUCUCGCUCAUCACUGCAGAAACUGUUGUACUGGAAGGAAAACCGAGAGUGGGACGAGAGCAUCAGAGAGUGUCCACCUCCUCCGCCGCAUUCACAGCACCCAGGCGGGAGCUGGAGGAUCAGGAAGGAAUGGUUCAUCAUCGGGAUAUUGCUCGUAAUCCUGUCCGCCAAAGUUCACCCGGGCUUCGGCGUAAAAGGAGGUCCACUGAAGCCAGAAAUCACAGUUUCUUACAUCGCUGUUUCAAUCAUUUUCUUUAACAGUGGGCUGUCUCUCAAAACAGAGGAGUUGACCAGUGCCCUGCUCCAUUUCCGGCUGCACUUAUUUGUUCAAGGCUUCACCUUAGUGUUCUUCCCUGUGUCUGUGUGGCUGCUGCUGCGAGUGCUGGCCCUCACCAACAUCGACCAAUGGCUCCUGCGAGGGUUGCAGACGGUGAGCUGUAUGCCGCCUCCCGUCUCCUCCGCUGUGAUCCUGACCAAAGCCGUGGGAGGGAACGAGGCAGCUGCCAUUUUCAACUCGGCCUUUGGGAGCUUCCUGGGGAUCGUUGUAACACCGGUGCUGCUGCUGAUGUUUUUGGGCUCGUCGUCCUCUGUUCCGUUCUCCUCCAUUUUCUCUCAGCUCUUCAUGACCGUGGUGGUGCCCCUGAUCCUCGGACAGGUGUGCCGUGGGUUCCUGCGAGAGUUCCUGGACCGCAGAAAACCUCCGUUUGGAGCGGUCAGCUCCUGCGUGCUCCUCAUGAUCAUCUACACAACUUUCUGCGACACCUUUAGCAACCCCAGUAUCGAGCUGGAGCCCACCAGCCUGCUGCUCAUAUCACUCAUCAUUUUCUCCAUUCAGAUCAGCUUCAUGCUCCUGACCUUCACACUUUCCACCAGAGCAAACUCCAGCUUUAGUCCUGCAGACACUGUGGCCAUCGUCUUCUGCUCCACACACAAAUCCCUCACUUUAGGCAUUCCCAUGUUGAAGAUUGUGUUUGAGGGCUUCGAGCACCUCUCCCUCAUCUCCGUCCCGCUGCUGAUCUACCACCCGGCUCAGAUCCUGCUGGGCUCAGUGCUCGUGCCCAGCAUCAGGACCUGGAUGACCUCCAGACAGAAGGCUCUCUCGUUUUCGGACCCCGUUUGA